AUGCUUUGGCCGCGACACCGGCACCUCGCCGGCACGUUACCAAAAGGGUCCGUGCCCGGCCAACUAUGCCAGUGCCCCCUUCCUCCUUUCUGCCGGGCGGUCUCGCCCGUGCAUCUGACGCUCCCCGCUUUCUGCCGGGCGGUCUCGCCCGUGCUCCUGACAGUAAUGCACCACAAGGCGGGCCACGUCCUAAUUUUGGCCCAAGGCUGGCGGUCGCACCUACAUCCCCUGUGUCCACUAGUCGAAGGGACGUACGGGCCUGCAGUUCUCGCAAAUCACGACGUUCGUCUCGCAAGGAGGGAUUUGGGACCACGUCAAGGCGCUCCAGCACCACCGGUUAAUGCAGCGGCGCGCCCGCAACCGCAUGUUCGACACCACCGAGCGGUUCUGGGUGUCUCCCAAGCUGUUUGCGUGGUCGCAGAGGGUCGCGUCGGGCAUGGCACUCAUCAAGGGAAACUCGCGCGCGCGCGGUUCUCGAUGUGGGACUUUGCGGUCGAGCUAAUCAAGGAGCGGCAGCACCAGAACUGUCCGGUGCUGUGGGCGCUGCCAAACCCAUCCGCGGAUGGGUCGGCUUCCUCCUCGUCUGACUCCGAGCCCCAGGAUGGGGGCAUGUCGCUCAUCGACGUCCUGAAGCAUCUCGACUAUUAGGCAAUGCGGCUUCCCCGAAGCUCAACCGAGAGUACCAUGUCGCUGCGGUGCGGCCAAUUCCACAGAGCAAUGACGGAGCAGGAGUGGAUGGACCUGCUCGGCUCGACCCUUGUGGGAGCCUCGCAGUUGUACAUGGUUGUGGACGACUCCACAGUGGACCCGAUUCUACAGGCAGCAUGCGAUUUCCGGUGGCAGCUGGCGCUCGAGCGUCUGUUCGCCGAGGUCGGGAAGCGGGCGCCGAAUCUCCGCAUCAAGAUCAUGUUCCUCAGCUACGGCACAAGCUAAUGGGUCUAGGAAGGGUCCUCGGUCGUCAUAGUGCCGGUCAGGAUCUACCAGACGCCGGUCCGGAAGCGGAAGCACGUUGCAAAGGGGCAGGGCCUAUAGCGCCGUGGGACACAGCGUCGUCAGUUUUGACUGAGGGGCAACUCAAUGGUGCCUGUCGACAUUCCCAGCAGGAAGGGUUUACCUACAAGCUAGUUCUGCCGCAUAUUUUCGGGCCCUCGAUCAUGUCGCCAACGUAUCUGUUGGCGCGUGCCACCCACGCAUGGUUUUUGUUGUGCCCGUAAAGGCACCGGCCAGGCGUUUGAUUGGUGAUGUCGUCCCAACCCUCAGCCAUUGGCGGAGCUGCAUUCUGCGAGGCAUGUGACCGCAAGAGACUGCUCGCCUCCGUUCCUCCACCGGUCAGGCUAGUUGGCCGUACCGUGGGUAUCCGUUACGCUCCUUGGGCCGCGGCUGCCUGUGAGAGAGCGCUGGAUAACACAGCCCCAUUGGCUCAUGGGAUGCCUUGGCUGCCCACACAAGCUCGCCAAACAGCACCACCUCAUCAUCGUCACGGGCAUGGAUGCGAACUGGCAUGUGGUAUUUGCGGCUGCUCUGCUAUCUGGCCGCCUUGAAAAAUGCAUGUUGGCUGAGGCGGUGGUUGUUGACGUUCUGCAGCUUCUUUCCCUCAUAAAGUGACAAACAUCAACAAGCCUGUUUUCAAUAUGGUAUGGUUGCGGUGGAGAAAUAUUUACAUAGCUUGAUUGGAAGCCUUGACCUCAGACACAAACUUUUGGAUAAAAGUACCGUUUAGACUCUCAUUGGGCGACGUGGCUCCCCUAGCUUCUCUGUUUAUCCAUGAUCACGCGGGUCAUGUCAAGUGAACGGAUAUCGUUCUGGAGAUGGGGGUUCCAUCGCCGGCCUUGUCCAUCU